AUGGACGAGAUUGAGGAACGCGAGGCACUAUAUCAAGUGAUUGAGGACGCUCUAGGCGAAACCAUCGACCGUAAUUCACGAAUACGCACAAAUCAAAUUAUUGCGAAUAGCGCACGGAAACAGGGACAGAUCUGGCGCGAUGCAAAAGAGUUCAUCGCCAAUCAGCUGGUUCCACAGUCUAUUCAACUCGCGAAUAAAAGCCGAUCCAGAAAGAAAACUGCAGUCGAGAUAGUAGCCAGUAUCAAAUGUUAUCCAUAA